AUGUCGUACUCUCCCGAAGUCUCAUCUGUAUUUGGUAGUCCCUCAUCCUCCUCUUCCUCUUCUUCCCCUGACGUAUAUCAUGCCGAACCAUCUUACCGUCGACGAAGAUCGCCCUCUUCAUCAUCAGAAUCAGGCUCAGACACGGAGUCAUCUCUCGGGGAUAUACCUCUUGUAAACCGACCUAUCUACAGAUCUAGAAACCAUCCAGACAUACCUUCUCCACCCCCUGCCGGACCUAGUGAUUAUAACGGUACCGCUAAUGGUAACAGACGAAGGAAUCUGGAUGAGACGUUGAAUGUUAGACGAGGUGAUCAGAGGGGUUUAUCGCAGAUUCUUCAAGAUAGGAGGAGAGGUCAACCUGAUGGAAACGCAGAUGCAGAUGCAGGUGUGGGUGGAAGUAGGGAUAGUCAACAACCAGCGGCAAGACCGUCAGGAAGAAGGAAUACAAUUGUGGAGGUUGAUGAUGAUAGUGAUGAUGAUAUUGUAUUUACUGGAGAGAAUAGAAAUCCAAAUCCUAAUCCUAAUCCUAAUCCCCCUCCUAACCUUCGACAUAUAAUACGACGUGCUCAACAACCGGAAGCUCAUGGAGCCAUCAGAGAAAGAACGAAUCAGAAUCAGAAUGCGCGGGGCAUGAUUUUGAGGGCUCCUUCGCCUGGCAGAUUUAGGAGAAUGAUGGAUGAAAUUGACGAGCUUCUCGAUCGAAGAGGUGAAGCGCAUGAUGCGAUAAUAAACGAUCAAGAAGACGAAAGACGACGACAAAUCCUAUCUCCACCUGUCGCGGUAACUGUUCCACCCAGAAGGAUCGGUCUAGGUGGAGGAGGUUUGUUCAGACGUAAUGCUCCUCCUCAAGCUCAAAUCCCAGCUGACGAACUCAACGACGAUGGGGCGCCUGGAUGGCCCGCACAUUUCCGACAAGUCUUUAGAUUUGCCAAUGGGAGAGGUGAUCCCGAUAUGGCAGAGAUGGAAAUGGGAAUCCAUAUUAGAGGAUUAGGGAUGUUCGGAGGAGGAAUAAGACAUCAACAACAACAAGAAGAUAUCCAAACGAUCCUAUCUAAAAUAUCUCCUCCGUCAUAUCCUAAAACAAUGGUUACGAAAGGAUUCACCAAUGAGUUCGAUAUGGAUUCUGUCGUUCGCAACGAACUUAUUGAAUUGGACGAUGAAGGAAAUAUCAUAAAGAACAAUACAAUCAACAAGAAGGAAUGUUUGGUCUGCUCAGAAUGUCAUCUACCUCUAUUGGUUUCUUCAGCAUAUAAAUCGCCAAGCGAUAAAUUAUGGGUAUUGAGAUGUGGACAUUUAUUAGAUGAAUAUUGUUUAGAUUCCUUACAAACUCCUCUAACCCCCCUAGAGGUAUCUUCGGUCACAAGACAUGAAACAAACGAUGGAACGCCUGAAAAGAAGAGGAGAAGAAAGAAUGCAAGUAGGAAAGUGAAGAAACCCGAUCCUCCCAAACCUGAUGAAUAUACUUUCAGAUGUCCUGUGACAGGUUGUGGGAAAGAACAUAAGAGUGUACAUUUCGUAGAUGAUGAAGAGGGGAGAUGGAAAGCUAAAGAUGGUGAGGGAGCUUUACCUGCUUAUGCGUAG